CGGUGCUUCGUGGUAUUUGUUUUCAGUUGCAAGCUUAUUGUGUCGGAUAUCAACUAAUUAUAUUUAAACAUAAUCAUUUUAAUUAAGUAUCGCAGAAACGUACGUAUUCUGUCUAUUUCCUUCGAAUCAAGGCGAGUAAAGUAUCGAAGUUUACUCAAUUCUCGGAAAGGAAGAAAAUUGAAAGUCAUCUGUCAAAAUUGUAUAGGUUAACCAAAACCUUGUCGAUCAUUCAAUUGUAUUCGGUAAUUCUUAACUCCACGCUAAAUGAUGUCUCCCGAACCAACGCAAGAACCAGUAAAAGAAAAUCUAAAUGCACCUGAUAUCAGUAUCGGAGCGCGAGCUUUAACUGAUUCCGAUAGCGAAGAUGAAGAGGACAUGGCAAUGGCAGGUUACAUGCCACUAUCUCAAAUCCCUAUUGACUCCGAACCAAUGCUCGAAGAUGAUGAGGAUGACGAAUGGGCUCUGCCAUCGCGUGACUUAAGUGAAAUGUUAACGGAAUCUUCGAUGCGAGAUCAACAAAUGACACAGAACGUUCCUUCAGAAACCAUCCAAGUUUGGUCAACUCAGAACCAUCGACCUGACAUUGAUUUAGAUGCUGAAAAAAUUAAUCAAGUAAAGUCAUUGAUGACAGUUAUUCAAUUACCUGAUGUCGCGAUCCCGGAGUGGGCCAAUACCGUUUCGGAAGAUCAGUGGAAACAACGUCUUAUGGAUCGUAUUAAGGAAAUACAACAAAGAGAUAAAUAAGCUGCAUGUUAAGUUACCAAAUGUCCAAUUUAAAAAUAUUAGUAAAUUUAUUGAGUUUUUCAAACUCUUGUUUAAGUUGUACUAUCCACUUGGAAUUAUUUAACUUACCUAGCAAGGUGUACUAAAUAUAAUUCUGUCGUGUAAUUAUCAGGUAAUCUAAUAUCAUUCACAUGUAAUAUUUAUUUGCCUUACAUUAAGGUUUUUCAUAUGGUCUAUAUUAAAUAUAAAUGGUUUGUUGUACCUUA